CCCCGCGGAGCUCGGCCGCUCUGCUCGGCUCGCCGCGCGCCUUCGGGGGCUCCGCGGACCCGCGAGAUGGAGCCAAGAAGGUACGGGCGGUGCUGGCGCCUGCUGUGGCUGCUCUCGGUCUCCACGCUCCUCCUCGCUGUCACCCGGACCCGCGCCGCGGCAGAGUCAGCUUCCCAGGGCCACCUGGACCUCACAGAGCUCAUUGGUGUCCCACUGCCUUCAUCUGUGUCCUUUGUCACGGGCUAUGGUGGCUUUCCGGCCUACAGCUUCGGUCCUGGUGCCAACGUCGGCCGCCCAGCCAGGACCCUCAUCCCACCCACAUUUUUCAGGGACUUCGCCAUCAGCGUCACAGUAAAGCCCAGCAGCACUCGGGGCGGUGCGCUCUUUGCCAUUACUGAUGCCUUCCAGAAGGUCAUCUACCUGGGCCUGCGAUUGUCGGGCGUGGAGGAUGGCCACCAGCAUGUCAUCCUCUACUACACGGAGCCUGGCUCCCGCGUGUCCCACGAGGCUGCUGCCUUCUCGGUGCCCGUGAUGACCCACAAGUGGAACCGCUUUGCCGUGAUUGUCCAGGGCGAGGAAGUGACGCUCCUCAUGGACUGCGAGGAGCACAGCCACAUCCCCUUCCAGCGGUCCUCCCGGGCUUUGGCUUUUGAGCCCAGUGCUGGAAUCUUCGUGGGCAGCGCAGGAGCCACGGGGCUGGAGAGAUUCACUGGCUCCAUACAGCAGCUCACCAUCUUUCCUGACCCCAGGACCCCUGAGGAGCUGUGUGAAGCCGAUGAGUCCUCGGCAUCAGGAGAGGCCAGUGGGCUUCAGGAGACAGACGGAGUAGCUGAGAUCUUAGAAGCCGUCACCUACACUCAAGCCCCGCCUGAAGAACCAAAAGUUACACCGAUAAACACACCUCCCACUUCAUCCUCUCCUUCUGAAGACACGGACCUUUCUGGUGAACCUGUACCUGAGGGGACCCCAGAAACCACCAACUUCAGCAUCGUCCAGCACAGCAGCCCUGAGCAAGGGUCCGGUGAGGUCCUGAAUGACACGCUGGAAGGGAUUCCUACUGUGGAUGGUGCCCCCGUUACUGACCUUGGCUCAGGUGAUGGGGCCUUCCUUGACGUCACUGAAGAAAUGGGUUUAGCAGCAACAGCAGCAGGGGCAGCCGAGGGGCCCACCAGUGCUGCCAGGGAAGCAGAGGCUGGCAGUGUGCCCACUGGGGAGCCAACGCUGUCCAUGUCCACUCAGAGCUCCGGGGAGGAUGUCACUCCAGGUCCAGAUGAUGAGGAAGGUUUAGCAGCGACAGCAGCAGGGGAGGCCGAGUUGCCGGUCAGCACUGCCGGGGAAGCAGAGGCCAGCAGUGUGCCCACUGGGGCGCCAGCCUUCUCCAUGUCCACCCAGAGCCCGGGGGAAGUGGCCACUCCGGGUCCAAACGGUGAAGAAAGCUUUACAAUAGCUGCAGCCGCAACAGAAAUGCCACUCAGCACUUUCGAGGAAGAGGAGGCCAGCGGGGUCCCCACGGAUGGCAUGGCUCCCCUCACAGCCACAGCAGCCCCUGGGCAAUUGGUCACUUCUGUACCUGGCGAUGAAGACUUGCCAGCAGCCACAGCAGAGGGGCCCUUUACCUCAACUAGAGGAGAAGAGUCCCAUGACACUCCGCCUGACGGGCCGCCGCUCCCCAUACCCACGGUGGCCCCUGAGACAGGGGUCACUCUGGCUCAAGGAGUGCAUGUGGGAAUGAAAGGACAGGCUGGGCCCAAAGGAGAAAAGGGUGAUGUGGGGGAGGGGUUUCCUGCCCCCGCUGGACCUUCUGAGCCUGCCAGACCCACGGUGGAAGUGGAGGCUGAGGGCUCCGGCCUGGGCUGGGGCUCAGACAUCAGCUCUGGCUCCGGGCACCUGGCGGGCAGUGAGGAGCUGUUAAGAGGUCCCCCAGGUCCCCCAGGCCCACCUGGCUUGCCUGGGAUUCCAGGAAAGCCAGGAACUGAUGUUUUCAUGGGACCCCCUGGAUCUCCUGGAGAGGAUGGAGCUGCUGGUGAACCUGGGCCCCCGGGCCCUGAAGGACAGCCUGGACUUGAUGGAGCCUCCGGUCUUCCCGGGAUGAAAGGGGAGAAGGGAGCAAGAGGGCCUAAUGGCUCAGUUGGUGAAAAGGGUGACCCCGGUAGCAGAGGCUUACCAGGACCCCAAGGGAAAAACGGACAAGUUGGCACUCCUGGGGUCAUGGGACCCCCAGGGCCUCCUGGCCCACCUGGCCCCCCUGGCCCUGGAUGUGCAACGGGACUUGGAUUUGAGGAUACCGAAGGCUCUGGAAGUAUCAGGCUGCUGAGUGAACCCAGAAUCUCGGGACCAACGGUUUUGAGUGGUCCCAAAGGAGAAAAAGGAGACCGGGGACCCAAGGGCGACAGGGGGAUGGAUGGAGCCAUCAUCGUGGGACCCCCUGGGCCCAGGGGGCCACCUGGACGCAUUGAGGUCUUGUCUAGUGCUUUGAUCAAUAUUACCCGUGGAUCCAUGAAUUUCUCAGACAUUCCUGAGCUCAUGGGGCCUCCGGGGCCCGAUGGUGUGCCUGGGCUGCCAGGAUUUCCAGGCCCAAGAGGACCCAAAGGGGACACUGGUUUUCCUGGAUUUCCAGGACUAAAAGGAGAUCAGGGUGAAAAGGGAGAGCCAGGUGCAGUCCUCACAGGGGACAUUCCUCUGGAAAGGCUGAAGGGGAAAAAGGGUGAACCUGGAGCACAUGGAACCCCAGGACCCAUGGGGCCCAAAGGCCCACCAGGACACAAAGGAGAAUUUGGCCUCCCCGGACGACCUGGCCGCCCAGGACUGAAUGGCCUCAAGGGUGCCAAAGGAGAUCGAGGGAUUAUGAUGCCGGGCCCACCUGGCUUACCUGGUCCUCCAGGCCCCCCUGGAUCACCUGGAGCUGUAAUUAACAUCAAAGGAGCUGUUUUCCCAGUACCCGUCCGGCCACACUGCAAAAUGCCAGUUGAUGCCACUCACCCUGGGAGCCCAGAACUCGUCACCUUUCAUGGUGUUAAAGGAGAGAAAGGAUCCUGGGGUCUUCCUGGCUCAAAAGGAGAAAAAGGUGACCAAGGAGCCCAGGGACCACCAGGUCCUCCAGUUGAUCCAACUUAUCUGAGACAUUUUCUGAACAGCCUAAAGCAAGAGAAUGGACACAGGGGGUUUCAAGGAGAAAAAGGCGACACUAACAGCAACUUCUUUGUGUCUGGGCCUCCAGGCCCCCCAGGAAAUCCAGGCUUGGCUGGCCACAAAGGAGAGACUGUCAUUGGGCCCCAAGGACCCCCAGGUGCCCCUGGCCUGCCUGGGCCACCUGGCUUUGGAAGACCUGGUGUCCCUGGGCCUCCAGGACCCCCGGGGCCACCAGGACCUCCAGCUAUCCUGGGAGCAGCUGUGGCCCUUCCAGGCCCACCUGGCCCUCCAGGACAGCCAGGGCUUCCGGGAUCCAGAAACUUGGUCACAGCAUUCAGCAACAUGAAUGACAUGCUGCAGAAAGCGCAUUUGGUUGUUGAAGGAACAUUUAUCUACCUAAGGGACAGCACAGAGUUUUUCAUUCGUGUCAGAGACGGUUGGAAAAAAUUACAGCUGGGAGAACUGAUCCCCAUUCCUGCCGACAGUCCUCCGCCCCCUGCGCUUUCCAGCAACCUACAUCAACUUCAGCCUCCACUUAACCGUAUUUUAAGUGCCAAUUAUGAGAAGCCUGCUCUUCACUUGGUUGCUCUGAACAUGCCAUUUUCUGGGGACAUCCGAGCUGAUUUUCAGUGCUUCCAGCAGGCCAGGGCCGCAGGGCUGUUGUCCACCUACCGAGCAUUCUUAUCCUCCCAUUUGCAAGAUCUCUCCACAGUUGUGAGGAAGGCAGAGAGAUACAGCCUUCCAAUAGUGAACCUCAAGGGCCAAGAACUUUUUAGUAAUUGGGACUCCAUCUUUUCUGGCAAUGGAGGAGAGUUCAAUACGCAGGUUCCAAUUUACUCCUUUGAUGGCCGAGACGUAAUGACAGAUCCUUCUUGGCCCCAGAAGGUUGUUUGGCAUGGCUCCAGCACCCAUGGCGUUCGUCUUGUGGAUAAGUACUGUGAAGCGUGGCGAACCGCAGACAUGCAGGCCACGGGAUUCGCCUCCCCGCUGAGCACAGGGAAGAUGCUGGACCAGAAAGCAUACAGCUGUGCUAAUAGGCUAAUUGUUCUGUGUAUCGAAAACAGUUUCAUGACAGACGCUAGGAAGUAAUGAUCUUCUGAUGAUUCUUAAAGAGUUUUCCAGUUUUUCUUAUGUGAAGAGUUGACACUGAAAUCUAAAAUGUUUAAAUGUUGUAAAUAUUACAGUUUUUUAUUACACAUUUGUUAUGACAGCAACCAAAGAAAACAUACCUCAAUACACUCAAAACUGAAAACAUAAAGGACUCAGAUCAAAGACAAAAUCUGAUCCAUAUAUUGGUGCUAGACUCUGCGGGAAACCCCAUGCAGUGUGAACACAUCCCAACACAGGUUAAGGGCAAGUUGAAAACAAAGGCCGUGGCAUUCCACUCACUGCAUCCUUCAGAAAGUAAUUUCCUCCUUUUAAGCAUUGUUUUUGAGUGUAAGACGUCCUUGAUGUUUUCUUAUAAAGUCAGUGUUUAGAAACGUUACCCCUUUCUAAGUUAUGUGCAGACCGAAUGCUUUAUUCUAUCACAUACACCCAUCAUUUGCAACUGCUGUUCAUACAAGGAAACAGAACUGCUCAAAUGAUCCUAUUUGUAUUUUCUGAUAUUGCCAGGCUUUAAUGUUUUUUUUCCCCUAAAAUAUUAUUGUCAUCAUGCUUUAGGAUUUUUAUAUUUUUACACAAUCAUAUUUUAGUAUGGCAUCUGUUUAUAUAACUCUGACCUGCUGGAAAAGUUGAAACUCCAAAUUAUCUGAAACUAGAAAAAAAAUAGCACGUAAUUGCUACCUUUCCCUUGGCAGCCCUCCUCCCCACCCCCAACCCCCAUAGUAUGACUUCCGUUUGGCGGUUCUUGAAUUAUAACUGCAGCUGAAACAAACAGGUCCAUAGGGAUGAAUUUUCUGAGAACCAUAUAUCUUCAUGCUGUAUACUUUGAUUUUUUUUUUCAUAAGUGAACAUAAAAACAUCUUUUCCAGGCA